CACCAACGAUUAUUGAGUCCAUUAAGCACCGAUUUAGGCGGAUUUAUUCCGGGUCAAUUUUUGUGAGAUUCCAAAGGGGUACCAUCACAGAUUUCGGGCGAUUUAUCCGAAAUGCCAUUUUCUUUCGAUUCUGGAGGCUACAGAUUACGGAAUCAGGCCGAGGCUAUUCUACACCGAUAAUGAAGUCUAUUGAUCCUAUUCUCCACAGAUGAUAAGUCCGUUAAGCAUUGAUUUGGGCCAAUUUAUUUUCGGAUGGCAUUUUCGUAAUUUCUUGGGCGACGAAAGGCCAUUUUCUUUGGAUAUUGAAGGCUACAGAUCACGGAUUCGGCCUGAGCCUAUUCUCCAACGAUGAUUGAGUCCAUUAAGCACCGAUUUGGGCGGAUUUAUUCCGGGUCAAUUUUUGGCAGAUUCCAAAGGGGUACCAUCAUAUAUUUCGGACGAUUUAUCCGAAAUGCCAUUUUCUUUAGAUUCUGGAGGCUACAGAUCACGGAAUCAGGCCGAGGCUAUUCUCCACCGAUAAUGAAGUCUAUUGAUCCUAUUCUCCACGGAUGAUAAGUCCGUUAAGCAUCGAUUUGGGCCAAUUUAUAUUCGGAUGGCAUUUUCGUAAUUUCUUGGGCGACGAAAGGCCAUUUUCUUUGGAUAUUGAAGGCUACAGAUCACGGAUUCUGCCUGAGGCUAUUCUCCAGCGAUGAUUGAGUCCAUUAAGCACCGAUUUGGGCGGAUUUAGUCCGGGUCAAUUUUUGGAAGAUUCCAAAGGGUUACCAUCACAGAUUUCGGGCGAUUUAUCUGAAAUGCCAUUUUCUUUCGAUUCAGGAGGCUACAGAUCACGGAAUCAGGCCGAUGCUAUUCUCCACCGAUAAUGAAGUCUAUUGAUCCUAUUUUCCACGGAUGAUAAGUCCGUUAAGCAUCGAAGUGGGCCAAUUUAUUUUCGGAUGGCAUUUUCGUAAUUUCUUGGGCGACGAAAGGCCAUUUUCUUUGGAUAUUGAAGGCUACAGAUCACGGAUUCGGCCUGAGGCUAUUCUCCAACGAUGAUUGAGUCCAUUAAGCUUUGAUUUGGGCGGAUUUAUUCCGGGUCAAUUUUUGGGAGAUUCCAAAAGGGUACCAUCACAUAUUUCAGGCGAUUUAUCCGAAAUGCCAUUUUCUUUUGAUUCUGGAGGCUACAGAUCACGGAAUCAUGUCGAGGCUAUUCUCCACCGAUAAUGAAGUCUAUUGAUCCUAUUCUCCACUGAUGAUAAGUCCGUUAAGCAUCGAUUUGGGCCAAUUUAUUUUCGGAUGGCAUUUUCGUAAUUUCUUCGGCGACGAAAGGCCAUUUUUCUUUGGAUAUUGAAGGCUACAGAUGACGGAUACACCCUGAGGCUUUUCUCCAACAAUGAUUGAGUCCAUUAAGCACCGAUUUGGGCGGAUUUAUUCUGGGUCAAUCUUUGGCAGAUUCCAAAGGGGUACCAUCAAAGAUUUCGGGCGGUUUAUCCGAAAUGCCAUUUUCUUUCGAUUCUGGAGGCUACAGAUCACAGAAUAAGGCCGAGGCUAUUCUCCACCGAUAAUGAAGUCUAUUGAUCCUAUUCUCCACGGAUGAUAAGUCCGUUAAGCAUCGAUUUGGGCCAAUUUAUUUUCGGAUGGCAUUUUCGUAAUUUCUUGGGCGACGAAAGGCCAUUUUCUUUGGAUAUUGAAGGCUACAGAUCACGGCUUCGGCCUGAGGCUAUUCUCCAACGAUGAUUGAGUCCAUUAAGCACCGAUUUGGGCGGAUUUAAUCCGGGUCAAUUUUUGGCAGAUUCCAAAGGGGUACCAUCACAGAUUUCGGGCGAUUAUCCGAAAUGCCAUUUUCUUUCGAUUUUGGAGGCUACAGAUCACGGAAUCAGGCCGAGGCUAUUCUUCACCGAUAAUGAAGUCUAUUGAUCAUAUUCUCCAUGGAUGAUAAGUCCGUUAAGCAUCGAUUUGGGCCAAUUUAUUUUCGGAUGGCAUUUUCGUAAUUUCUUGGGCGACGAAAGGCCAUUUUCUUUGGAUAUUGAAGGCUACAGAUCACGGAUUCGGCCUGAGGCUAUUCUCCAACGAUGAUUGAGUCCAUUAAGCACCGAUUUGGGCGGAUUUAUUCCGGGACAAUUUUUGGCAGAUUCCAAAGGGGUACCAUCACAGAAUUGGGGCGAUUUAUCUGAAAUGCCAUUUUCUUUCGAUUCUGGAGGCUACAGAUCACGGAAUCAGGCCGAGGCUAUUCUCCACCGAUAAUGAAGUCUAUUGAUCCUAUUCUCCACGGAUGAUAAGUCCGUUAAGCAUCGAUUUGGGCCAAUUUAUUUUCGGAUGGCAUUUUCAUAAUUUCUUGUGCGACGAAAUGCCAUUUUUUUCGAUAUUGAAGGCUACAGAUCACGGAUUCGGCCUGAGGCUAUUCUCCAACGAAGAUUGAGUCCAUUAAGCACCGAUUUGGGCGGAUUUAUUCCGGGUCAAUUUUUGGCAGAUUCCAAAGGGGUACCAUCACAGAUUUCGUGCGAUUUAUCCGAAAUGCCAUUUUCUUUCGAUUCUGGAGAAUACAGAUCACGGAAUCAGGCCGAGGCUAUUCUCCACCGAUAAUGAAGUCUAUUGAUCCUAUUCUCCACGGAUGAUAAGUCCGUUAAGCAUCGAUUUGGGCCAAUUUAUUUUCGGAUGGCAUUUUCAUAAUUUCUUGGGCGACGAAAAGCAAUUUUCUUUGGAUAUUGGUGGCUACAGAUCACGGAUUCGGCCUGAGGCUAUUCUCCAACGAUGAUUGAGUCCAUUAAGCACCGAUUUGGGCGGAUUUAUUCCGGGUCAAUUUUUGGCAGAUUCCAAAGGGGUACCAUCACAGAUUUCGGGCGAUUUAUCCGAAAUGCCAUUUUCUUUCGAUUCUGGAGAAUACAGAUCACGGAAUCAGGCCGAGGCUAUUCUCCACCGAUAACGAAGUCUAUUGAUCCUAUUCUCCACGGAUGAUAAGUCCGUUAAGCAUCGAUUUGGGCCAAUUUAUUUUCUGAUGGCAUUUUCGUAAUUUCUUGGGCGACGAAAGGCCAUUUUCUUUGGAUAUUGAAGACUACAGAUCAUGGAUUCGGCCUGAGGCUAUUCUACAACGAUGAUUGAGUCCAUUAAGCACUGAUUUGGGCGGAUUUAUUCAGGUCAAUUUUUGGCAGAUUACAAAGAGGUACCAUCACAGAUUUCGGGCGAUUUAUCCGAAAUUCCAUUUUCUUUCGAUUCUAGAUGCUUCAGAUCACGGAAUCAGGUUGAGGCUAUUCUCCACCGAUAAUGAAGUCUAUUGAUCCUAUUCUCCACGGAUGAUAAGUUCGUUAAGCAUCGAUUUGGGCCAAUUUAUUUUCGGAUGGCAUUUUCGUAAUUUCUUGGGCGACGAAAGGUCAUUUUCUUUGGAUAUUGAAGGCUACAGAUCACGGAUUCGGCCUGAGGCUAUUCUCCAACGAUGAUUGAGUCCAUUAAGCACCGAUUUGGGCGGAUUUAUUCCGGGUCAAUUUUUGCCAGAUUCCAAAGGGGUACCAUCACAGAUUUCGGGCGAUUUAUCCGAAAUGCCCUUUUCUUUCGAUUCUGGAGGCUACAGAUCACGGAAUCAGGCCGAGGCUAUUCUCCACCGAUAAUGAAGUCUAUUGAUCCUAUUCUCCACAGAUGAUAAGUCCAUUAAGCAUCGAUUUGGGCCAAUUUAUUUUCGGAUGGCAUUUUCGUAAUUUCUUGAGUGACGAAAGGCCAUUUUCUUUGGAUAUUGAAGGCUACCGAUCACGGAUUCGGCAUGAGGCUAUUCUCCAACGAAGAUUGAGUCCAUCAAGCCUCGAUUUGGGCGGAUUUAUUCCGGGUCAAUUUUUGGCAGAUUCCAAAGGGGUACCAUCACAGAUUUCUGGCGAUUUAUCCGAAAUGCCAUUUUCUUUCGAUUCUGGAGGCUACAGAUCACGGAAUCAGGCCGAGGCUAUUCUCCACCAAUAAUGAAGUCUAUUGAUCCUAUUCUCCACGGAUGAUAAGUCCGUUAAGCAUCGAUUUGGGCCAAUUUAUUUUCGGAUGGCAUUUUCGUAAUUUCUUGGGCGACGAAAGGCCAUUUUCUUUGGAUAUUGAAGGCUACAGAUCACGGAUUCAGCCUGAGGCUAUUCUCCAACGAUGAUUGAGUCCAUUAAGCACCGAUUUGGGCGGAUUUAUUCCGGGUCAAUUUUUGGCAGACUCCAAAGAGGUACCAUCAUAGAUUUCGGGCGAUUUAUCCGAAAUGCCAUUUUCUUUCGAUUCUGGAGACUACAGAUCACGGAAUCAGGCCGAGGCUAUUCUCCACCAAUAAUGAAGUCUAUUGAUCCUAUUCUCCACGGAUGAUAAGUCUGUUAAGCAUCGAUUUGGGCCAAUUUAUUUUCUAAUGGCAUUUUCAUAAUUUAUGGGGCGACGAAAGGCUAUUUUCUUUGGAUUUGAAGGCUACAAGACACGGAUUCGGCUUGAGGGUAUUCUUCAACGAUGAUUAAGCUCAUUAAGCACCGAUUUGGGCGGAUUUAUUCCGGGUCAAUUUUUGGUUGAUUCCAAAGGUGUACCAUCACAGAUUUCGGGCGAUUUUUCCGAAAAUGUCAUUUUCUUUCAAUUAUGGAGGCUACAGAUCACAGAAUCAGGCCCAGGCUAUUCUCGACCGAUAAUGAAUUAUAUUGAUCAUAUUCUCCACGGAUGAUAAGUCAGUUAAGCACCGAUUUAGGUCAAUUUAUCUUUGAAUGACAUUUUUAGGGGUGCUGGUUCGGUUCCGGUUGGGUAACCGAAACCGAAACCAGAGAAAACCCGAAACCGUUAGUGUACAGCCAGAAACCGAACCUGAAAUUGCAGCUUGCGGGUUUCGGGUACCUGAACCCGAAAUUGCAACUUGGGGGUUUUUGUUGUUAGCUUAACCCAAAUUGCAUAAGAACUUUCGUCGAGAAUACUGUGUCUUCGUAUCCAUUAUGGUAUGCAGAAGAUGGCUAAAAUGUAAAUCAACCCAGACUCCAACUUUAAUUCAUACCAAUUACAAGUAAUCCGCCAUAUAUUAAUCUUGCCGAUCCUCUUAGCGUCGAUUCCUUUCUUUGUUCCUCAAAUUAUCCUCUAGUUGCUCUGUUGUAAUUUGAUUGAAAGGGGACCCAAACGCCAGGAAACCAUCAGGCCCAUCACCAUUCCAAUUCAACAACCAGAAAAGAACCCAACAGACAGAGCGGGAAGGGGAAAGGGGAAGAAGAAGGCCUUUAUGGGAUUCCAUAGCAGAGGUCGGAGAGGGGACUACCCGACUCGGACAGAGAUCACCCACUUCGUCGUUGAUGGGUUUCGACGGCCACUGUUGAGUUUCCCAUGAGGCCGCUGGCAGCGAGAAUGAUGAUGGCGGCGAGAACGAUGCGGCGAGGAUGGUGAUGGCGAGGGAGUUACACCGGGCGAUCCUAGGUUUGAGCGUUUGCCGAAGGUAAUGGCGACUUGAGGCGAAAAGCUAGGGAUUUCACCCGGCCUGGGAUUGCAACAUCGUCUCAUCUCUCACCAAAAACGACAUUUAUUGAAUUCGGGUUCUCGGGUUGGUGUCGGUUUUCGGGUUUCACUGAAACCGAAACCGCUGACAGCAUAUGCGGGUUGAAACCGAGAAACCGAAACCCGAAAGAACAUAUAUCGGUUCGGUUUCGGGUUAACCCAAAAAACCAAAACCGAUCUGACACCCCUAGGCAUUUUCAUAAUUUAUGGGGCGACGAAGGUCAUUUCCUUUGGAUUUUGAAGGCUACAGGACACAGAUUCGGCCUGAGGCUAUUCUUCAAUGAUGAUUAAGUCCAUUAAGCACCGAUUUGGGUUGAUUUUUUUCGGGUCAAUUUUUGGCAGAUUCCAAAGGGGUACCAUCACAGAUUUUGGGCGAUCUUUCCGAAAUGCCAUUUUCUUUCGAUUAUGGAGGCUACAGAUCACGGAAUCAGGCCGAGGCUAUUCUCGACCGAUAAUGAAGUAUAUUGAUCAUA